AUCACAGAGCAGCUGGUUGCCUAUGACUACGGAAAUGACUAUCGCGAGUUGUGGCAGUACAUGUCCUCUAGUGGUUGGCCCUACUCCGUGAAAGGAACAGAUGCUAAAGUGUUUUUCAGGACACAGACGUUCAUAUGUUGACAGAUGGCACAAUAAGCGAUAAACUAGCUAUUCGCACAUCAACAGUUCAUACAUCAACAAUUCGUACAUCAACAGUUCGUACAUCAACAACUCGUGCACCAGUAACUCCUGCUGGUUUUUUAAAUAGAUGGUCCAGUACUUGGAUUCCUUCCCUCGUUGUUUCUCCCCUCAUACCCUGGUUACAACCCAGCCGUAACUAUGAUGCCCGAGGUGGAGGCAUGUUAGCCGCCAGUAAUAUCGAUGGUUUUGUAGGUGGAAGGUCAAGAGGCAUGUUUGCCGUCAGCAGUAGCAAGGGUUUUGUAGGUCGAAGGUCAGGAGGCAUGUUUGCCGUCAGCAGUAGCAAGGGUUUUGUAGGUGAAAGGUUAAGAGGCAUGUUAGCCGUCAGUAAUUUCGAUGGUUUUGUAGGUGGAAGUCCCACAGAAUUUAUUGAUGUUCCAUCUGUUAUAGAAACGAAUAAAAAGACAGAAAUGAAAGUGCCAAAGAUUCGCACAUUUUUUCCAGAACGAUGGCUGUGGGACAUGGUCACCAUUGGGUCCAGUGGAACUCUAGAGAAAUAUGUGGUUGCUCCGGACACCAUCACUACGUGGCUGACCACGGCGUUUGCUGUACAUCCUCUAUAUGGACUCUCCGUCACUCCCCAGGCUUCACAACUGACACAUUUCAAGAUAUGUUCGUUAGCUUGGACUUGCCAUAUUCUGCGAUACGAGGAGAAGACAUUUGUCUGAAAACCUUUGCCUUCAAUUACCACAAUAGGCCUUUGCAGAUGCGGAUGACACUGGGUCAAGCCGAUGGCUUGGAGAACGUUGUGCUGGAGCCGGCAGCUGGAGACCCUAGCAAGCUCCUUGAGACCCGCCGCUCAGUCAUUGUUUCCCAAGACCUUGGCUUUGUGAGACCUAAUACGACACAAGAAGCUGAUUUUUGCUUCACCCCAACAAAGCUAGGCAACCUGCCUAUCCGAGUCAACCUCACUUCUUCUGUUCAUGGCGACGGUGUAGAGCACAUUCUGAUGGUAGAGCCAGAGGGAUCGCCUGCAGUACGGACAGUCUCUGUUUUCCUUGACGCCAAGCCCAACGUAGUGUUCUCGAAAUCCGUCCCACUGAACUUCCCUUCUACGGCAGUGCGGGGGUCACAGGUCAUCACGGUUAGGAUUUCCGGGAAUCUGUUAGUGCCUGUAAUCUCCAACCUGGAAAAGCUACUGCGCUUGCCUACUGGAUGUGGAGAACAAAACAUGAUCUUAUUUGCUCCCAACGUUUUUCUGAUCAACUACCUUCAGCGUACAAACACAUACACUACGGCCCUCGGGGCGCAAGCACAGAACUUCAUGCUGACAGGCUAUCAAAAAGAACUCACUUUCCAACGCAAGGACGGAUCAUUUAGUACUUGGGGGAAGAAUGAUCCUUCUGGUAGCAUGUGGUUGACUGCCUUCGUAACAAAGUGCUUUGUUCAGGCGAUGGCUCUAAAAAAUAAUGUUAUUACCAUUGAUUCCAAGACGGUAAGAUCUUCUAUACAGUGGAUUACAACUCUGCAGAAAAAUGAUGGUUCCUUCCCAGAGCCAGGAAAUGUCGUUCAUAAAGAAAUGCAGAGUGGGUCUGCGCAAGGGGAGGCAAUGACGGCUUUCGUGCUCAUCUCUCUGGCUGAAGCAAGCGUUAAAUUCCAGGGUUUGAGUCCCGGAGAACAACAAAGUUUGCAGAACUCUAUCUCCAAAGCUCGCGAUUACUUGGAAGCACGACUGAAUGUUUUGACUGACCCCUAUGACCUCGCCAUUGUGACCUACGCUCUACACUUGGUUCGCAGUGGCAGCAAGGACAUCGCUUUCGAACUCUUGCAAAAAAAGAUAAUAACAAAUGUUUACACAAAGCAUUGGGAAAGAAAUCAGCAGUCAGCCGCUCUAAACAUAGAGAUGACGUCAUAUGGCCUCCUGACCUACAUUUUGCGAAGUGACGUAGCAGGCGCCAUGCCUAUUCUACGUUGGCUGAUGGAACUUCGGGGUCCUAACGGUGGCUUCAUAUCUACCCAGGACACAGUUGUCGGCCUCCAGGCUUUGGGAGAAAUGGCUGCUGCAAACCACAAUCCAGUUGCAGUACCUUUUACCGUCACAGUCAGCUGGAGCUCAGGAGGACAGGCAUUCAAGAAGGACUUGACCAUCGACGACUCCACAAAGAUGUUACUUCAAACCGUAGACGUGACCAUUGUGAACGGCAACAUUCCAUCUGAAGUACAAAUUUCAGCUUCCACUAGCGGUACGUUUACGCAAUUUCCAGAGGCAAAAGUUGUCAUGGAAUACAACAUUAACGACUCUACAACCUCCGAGAUCUUCCAGAUUACGUAUCAGGUUGUCAAGGCCAGUGUUAAAACUUUCACUGUAGUCGUAGAAGCGAAGCGUGUGGAUGGCAAGCAGGGAGGAAUGACUCUUCUGGAAGUGGGCAUCCCUACUGGCUUUUCUGUUGACCUCACUCAUCCCAGCUAUUCCGUGCCUACCUCCAAGCUGCAGGAACAAGGUCACAGGAAGUACAUCUUGUAUUAUGACGAAGUGAACGCCAGUGGAGUGCGAGCUUCAUUGCCCAUGUCUGUGUCUCAAGGAAUCCCCGUUAACACCCAGCCUGUUCCUAUCAAAAUCUACGAUUACUACGAACCAGGUGGCAAGCAACAGCUAACUGUGUACUACCAACUGUCGCAGAAGAAGGUCUUUGUCUGUGACUCCGUUGCAAAGUACAAAGAUUGCUCGUCUGGCAGCCUUCCAGGAUAAUAAUCAUUGGGAAUCGUACAAAUCAGCUAAAAGUGAAAAUAAAGAGGAUUUUCAAUGCUCUUUUAAAACUGUUGUGUACCUAAAUUAGAUUACUAUUGUUGUUGUUUGUAGAAGACUUGCCUAUCAAUACGAUUUUCUGCAGGAGCUACUUAUUUAAACACGUGACUACAUAGCUAUGUACUAAACUAGUGAGAAUGAUGACGAUCAGUUUUAGGAAGACUUGACGGGCAGUUUGCUGGAAGAUUGAGCUAUUGCGACUGUAACAUAUCAUAAUCAUAAACUCAAUAAAGAGAUGAUAUGAGGGUGGAAAACAAACGUUUCAGUUCAGUGAGAAGGACGGUUUACAAAAGCAGGGUUUUAUUUUGUCUUCAUUGUUUAAAUAAGUGAGUGUAGAGAAAAGGGGUUAGAGAACCAUAUAGUGCAAGUUGAAAACUAGAUACCAAGUAAUUUUGAACUCUUAUGAAUAUAACUUUCUUGAGAACAUUACAUGAGGUACGCAGACUAUAAAAUAAAGGUUACCAAUCAUCAGCCCCACAUACUAGUAUGCCAUUAACAAAUACAUCUCUGGUAUCUAAAGCAAACUAUCUUCAGCACGAUUAAAGGAAAGCUUUCAUCAUAAAAAAAGAUCACCAAUCAAAACUACUUUAUAAAACAUUCGAUACCUGCUAAUACACAGACGGCUAAGGAGAGGAGACUUACAAAAUCUGAAAGUGAAGAAAUAAACUUCACUAUUCAGGGUGGAAAACCUCUACAACAAGCAAUUUCAACACAAAAUAUAUAGUCACUUACAAAGCAUAACUGCACAGAAUUUGUCAGUAUUGGUUAAAAUAAAUUACAAGAUCAAAGAAACAGAAAACACAAAAUCAACUAAAAGUGUACUAACACAAAAGAAAACGAAGUAAUAAAUAGUCUAUCUAAAUAGAUGGAGUUUCUCUCGUUUCCUGUAUUCCUCUUUCUCCCUGUCUUUAGAAGACACACAACAGAGGCACUGAAAAAAUUUCAAGACGACGGAUACAUUCCAUGUUCGUUUGUUAUAGAGUACAUCUAUAAAUUAUGAUAUUAAAGAACGAUGUUUCUCAA